AUGUUCUUUAGCGUGGUUUUUCUCCGCAUAAGUUAUUUCCUCUCACUGAUCACAAUUUUCAUUGCCGCUGUAGUUGCCCUUUCUUCUCUCGUGAACUAUGGUUCGUUCAGAUGAUGUAUCUCUCCAUGUAUUUUUUGUAAUUUACGUUUUCCUAAAACUUGAUAUUUUGGAAAAUGUUUUAGCCCUAAGGAGUUCUGCGUACGAACAAAAGUGGAUGUUAAAUGCUGGAUGACUAUUUUGAAUACUGUGAAGGACGAAAUUUACAUCGUAUUUUGUGUGAUCCUAAAUAUGCCUUUCUCAGGUUUUUUAAAUGACGGACAUAGUACCAAAUGUUAAAACGAUUGCAGUCUUCGUUGAAUUUAUGAAUUCAUUUUUAGGAAGGCAGUCAAGGUAUAAUCUUAAGAAAUUACUGCCAAUGUAUUCCAGGCCGUAUUUUACAGCUUUCUGAAUUCUAAACAAGCGUUGCUACAGAUGGCCCGUAGCGAAAUACGCCAUUCAUGUCAGUAAACGUUAAUUACAUUAACCAUUACCACAACAGACGAGCUGUACUUUCGAUUAGGCUUUAGUAUAAUAAUUAGUCUCCUUCAGAUAACGUAUAUUUUCAUAAAGAUCAGUCGUUCUACAGUAUAUUAAUACUCCAUUUUCAACUUGGUCGGAAGGAAGCUGAAAGCAAAUUUAAGAGGCAGAAAAAGGAGACUCGGUUUACUGGUCCUUUGGUUUAAUAAUUUUUCUUUGUGAUACAUUUAGAAAUUUCAAAGGUCGCUGUUCGAUGUUAAACACUUACCGACCAAAGAACCCAUCAGUCAACUUCUAUUUCAAAGUGUUCAUACAUCUGUUGUAUAUUUUUGCGCGCCCCGAAAAAUGAGAUAUUCAUUUAAAUGUUGAUCGCAACAUACAAAACAGCGUAACUCAAAUGUAUAGAAUUGUUCUUUUUUCUUGAAAAUCAAUCAGUUUAAAGAGCUAACUACAAUAAUUAUUAUCUAUAUGCUACGAACAAGGCAGAAGAAUUCUGCGACGAUAUCUAUGAAUUUUUAUUUACCUUAGAGGUACUAUUGCAUUUUGGUAAUAGAAAGCUGAGAAAAAGUCUGCACUUAAGGGAAACGAAAGAUGAAUUCUGCAUAGUCUAGCUCAGUCUAGUUUUAUCAAGUGAAAGCUAGGCAAGCGCUUUUGAACUUCCUUUAAAUUACGAAACUGUUGAAUAAAAAAUGAUACACAAAGAUGUUUCAUACAGGUGUCCAAGCACAUUUAGUCAUAAGCGAUAAACUUUACAAUGCUGCCCACAUUUUCUUGCAUUUCUGUCAACAGACUAGAGGCUGGAGGAAGUAGUAUUUUUUAAUAAUGCAAAAUACUUGGAAGUUAAUUCACUGGUUUUCCAAUUCUCAGAUUCCGAAGACAAAAAGAUGGGCACUUUUCGCGCAAUCUUUGGAGUUGCAACCGCCUUCAAUUUGGCAGGCAUUAUCUGCUCUGCAGUGGCAUUUAAAUCAGAUGAGCUAAAGUGGUUUGACAUAAUUUCCUGCAUUUGUUACUUAAGCAUGCGUAAGUUCUCUGUCAUUUCUUAUAUCCUCUGCUUAAAAAACUAUUUUUAACCUAUCAAUUCAUUCAAAUAUGUAAUAUUCACUUGGCGUAAUUAAAUACAUUGUUGAGAUUUCAGUAGGUGGGCUUACUCAUGAAAUGUCAACCGAAAUUCCGAAAUGAGUUUUAGUCUGGAGAAGAUCAAUUAAGAAGGUUUGUAAUACUAGUAGUCCUGCAGCAUUAUUCUAUAAUGAUUUAGUUACCUCAGGAUGUCGGAGUUCGAAAGAAGUUCUUCCCAAGUGCAUGCAAAAACUAUAAUCUGUAAAAAUGACCACUUACGCAGCAUGCAUUUUUCUCAUUGGCUUUCGGUGCCCAUACAAAUUAAAUUAUAUUUCAUGGAAAACACGUAUAAAACUAUUGAUUCUUUUGCUCAUUCGGUAGAAAAUCACGUCUUCGUCCAAUUUUAUAUUUGAAGGAAGGGUUUACUUCGAUUUUAAAUGUUUACAAUUGUGAGAUCAUUUGAUACCGUGAAAUGGCUGUUCAUAAAACGUCAUGUCUCCGCAUUUACCAAUGUGGCUUGUAAAAUUAGCAAUAUUGUCCAAAUCCACUGAUAAAUUUCAUGAAACCCAUAUAGUUUCCUCUUAAAACUGUAGAGAAAUGUAUGGUUUUUCGUACGCAGAAAAUAUACGGCUUGUAGUUUGGAGACCCUAAAUGCAAAUGUAACGGCAAGUCAGGAUUCAAAAUUAUUCCGGAAUUGAAAGGGCUUUUGAAAACCAAAUUAUACCCUGUCUUCGAAUAUAAACUUAAAAGUAGACGCAAUUGUCUACCGAAUGACCAAAAGGAUAAAUACUUUUAUACAUGUUUUCCAUGGAAUAUAAUUGAAUUUUUAGGGGCACCGAAAGCCAAUAAGAAAAAUGCAUGCAACGUAAGUGGUCAUUUUUACAGAAUAUAGUUUUUGCAUGCAGUCGGGAAGUGCUUUCGAAAGCCGCCAUCCUGAGGUAACUAAAUCAUUAUAGAAGUAUGCUGCAUGACUACUGAUUCUACAAACCUACCUAGUUGAUCGUUUCGAGACUAAAACGCAUUUCGGUUGACAUUUCGUGAGUAGGCCCACCUAAUGUACAUUGUAGACAAGUCUCAACUUUACGUAACAUGUGUCAAUAAGCUGCGACAGUGAAUCAAAUCUUCAUUUGAUAGAUCCCUUUUAUAGUUUUAAGUGUAAUUCCGUAAGGUCUAAUGAGUUGAAAUGCUUAGAAAACUUCCUGUCAUGCUCUAUUUUCUUUUCUUCAAAGUACUUCUCUACAUUAUUGGUACGGCCUACUUCUACGGGAGCAUUAUGCACCAAGUGCCAAUGUCAGUCACAUGGGCGAUUGUUUCGGCAUCAAUGUCGCUGGUGCUCAUCCCGCCCGUCAUUGCCCGAGUCCUUGUGCUGGCCAAAUAA